AGGCUCAGGUGGAGCAUGAACCUAAAAGUGGGUGGAGUGUGUACUAUAUUUCUUAUUUUCAUGUUGACCCGUUUACAUUUUCACCCUUCAUCGACAUUCAUUCAAGAGUUACGCUGUGUCUGUAGUACUUCCAACACCCAACUGUUCGGUAGUCAAGACAUCCCUCACCAUGUGCUAACUAUGAACCUAAAGACUUACGACCAUGCAGACAAAUCAUGUCCCACGUUAUAGGUCAGAAAAUGCAGUUAAUGGACUUGAAUGAUGAACAAACAAGCUUCGAUGAGAAUCAACUAAUCGAGGAUGAUAUUUUCCCGGGUGAAGGGGAAUGUGGGUGAAAGGCAACUUGCUACAUCGAAAAAGAUUGAGGAUGAUAUUUUUGAUCUAGUAGCUCCUCGUGCGACUUUUCUGUUGCCACGUCUCACCAAAAAUCUUUUUCAGUAGUCUAGUGUGAACGUUGUUCCCGUUCUUGAAUACUCAAGUAGCACCUUAAUAUGAAGAUUUGCAGGCGUCGUCAAUCUUCGUUGUCCUCUUUAGAUUUUUCAUUGUCCGUUUCUUGUUUAAACCAUGAUCGACCUUUGAAGAUCACUAGAAGCAUAUUAUGAAAUUAUAGAAUAUCACCACGAGCACGAUAUCCUACGCUAGGUUUGCUACCCUAUCCACCUAAACUAGAACCUCUUAAUAUUAAACAAGUCUUCACAUCCUACACUACAGCACCUAUGAAUCCUAUCCACCUAAACUAGAACCUCUUAAUAUUAAACAAGGCUUCACAUCCUACACUACAGCACCUAUGAAUCCUAUCCACCUAAAAUAGAAUGUAGACCACUCGAACCUAGAACCUAGAACCUAAGCUAGACCUAGAGCCUAAGCUAGAAUCUAUAGUACCAUUACAUUUACAUCUAGACCAUUAGUGCAAGUCACAAGAUGCACAAGGCGGUGCUCACCGGAUUGAAGGAUCGUGCUAGCGUCUUGGGGAGCAAGGCCGGCCGCGUGAUCCGCACGAGUGCCGGCGCAUCCUUUUCUACCUUCGUCGAAGGUAAUGAGGACAACGAGAGCACUAGUGCCCUGUGGAAGUGGGCCUACAAGAGGCUGAAUUUUGGACGAUAUCAAUUAAGGCUCUGAAAUAGUUGUAGAACAACCUACUUACAAUUAAAUCUCGUCCAUUCAACCUACAAUUUUUAUCUCGUCCAUUCAUCAACGAGAGCACUAGUGCCCUGUGGAAGUGCCCUGUGGAAUUAUCUCGUCCAUUCAUCAUCUUAAAGGGAACAACACUAUAGUAAGGAAAAAACACAAAAAUAAACGUGGCAUCUCUUACGCUUAGCCAAGGAUAGUGAAAAGAUCUGCGCUAAAAGAACCAUGGGACGAAAGCAUUCAGCGGACGGAUAUCGAAUAUUACCAGCCAAAAGCAUGGGUGCGUUUACUAGACCGAUUUGGACGUCGUAUGGACAAAGCUGGCGAGACCUCACCCGGUGACUUACCGCCAACAGUCUGCGGCGCCUGCUGUUCUUUAGCGCUCUUUGCUUUCGUCGCCUUAUUUGCGCAAGUCGCUCUGGGCGACUUGUUUUCGGACCAGAGGAGUUUGCGGACUUGGGGUGACAUCGUCAUAAAUGUGGACUACCACUGCAAGAAAUUGGCUUCGCAGCAGAACCGGAUGGGUGCAGCGGUCACCCCGCGGUACAGAGAAUCACUCGGACUAGGCAGUGUAGUUUUACCGGAAGAUAAUGGCAAUGGUGCUAAUGCUAAUGGUGGUGGAAACAGUGAAGCAGUCUUCACUCCGAUCGACCUGUCUGCGAGAGAUGCUUGGUCAAUCUCCGGUUGCGCAUUCGAUUCGACCUAUUUCGAAGAUUGGCCCAUGACGCAAGCGAAUCCCCCGUUUCUAGAUGUCCCGGCGUUGAACAUAGCGUGGACCCAGCGGAUAGAGUUUUAUGAGGCGGACAACAAGACAUCGCUGGCCAAGAUCAAGUGGAUCGACAAGAACGGGAUCCAUUUUGGCGGAACGUCCCGUCAAGGCGAAGUCCCGGUUGGCUUUGGAGCAGAAGAAAAGAUAUCAGUCGCAUUCAACAGUUAAGGCUCCGACCUGCGCUCACUUUUUAUUCUAUUAAGUACCCUGUAGUAAAACUAAAAGUAGGAGCGCUCACUUUUUAUUCUAAGUACCCUGUAGUAAAACUAAAAGUAAUUCAUCUUAACAAAAACAAUAUGAACCUCUAUAUGAUUCAUCCUGUUACUUGACAUGAGUAGACACAACUUCGACAGCAUCUUUGGUCAUUCCUUUUAUCCUUAAAGAGAAUUCACAACCAAUACUACCCUAUAAUUCAUCACCCGCUUAAUUCAUCUUAAGAGCCUACAUCUUUGAUGACUCUCAUUUUAUCAGUAAGGAGGAAACAGAAACACUUCAAAGUAAGAUGCGCUUACGCUUCAAGAUCAAGAUGAAUGUCAAAUAUUUAUGCAGAAGGUCUCCUCUAAGGUGGUUACCCCUUUGGCGGCAGUGAGUUCGAGAGCCCCUUGCCGAACACGACGCGGUAUUUACGCGACAUGGCGGUAAGCUCAGCCACCCACAAUUUCGCCGAAUCGUUGCGAUACGCGUAUGCGGAUCUGGGUUUGAUGGAGAGUUACAGUCAAUUUUUUGACCACGAAGCGGUCGCUUUUGUGAGGUUAGACCGGAAACAAUUGCGAAAUGUAAAAUCCUGCCAAUUACAAUUCGGAUUGGUCAACCGCUACCAGUACGAAGCGCUACGGCCGUUUCUUUUGAAGUACAGUCGCGAGUACCAAAAGCAGACGCUGAUGAACACCUUGAGUUAAGGCUUCCGCUAAUCCAUCUCAUCCAGGAGGAUCUUAGGUCUGUUCUUCCAUUUAAGGGAAAAAACUUCUUCGAGGUGAGUUUCAAGAUGGAUUAGGGUAAGCGCUAAUUGAGUACGGGGAACUUUACUUGGGGCCGUAAGGGCUACACAAACUUGGAGACGGGAACAUACAGGAGAGAAGCGGGCAAUAGGGAUAACAUGAUGAUUUUGCAAAGCGGGUGGACCGAAAAUUUUGCCAAAGUCUUCAUGCAGUCAACGAGCUUUGGAAAGUAUCAAGUCAAUGUGGAAAGACAAAUGCGUGGCAACUUGGGGUUUGAUACUGGAGUGAGCAAUGCAACGAACAACGGCAAUGGUCAAGCCAAUAUUAAUGGUCAAGCCAACAAUGCUCCUUGGAAACUACCUUUAGAGUUUACAGAUUGGAUGUUUUUCGCUUCGUACGUGAAUAAUUUCCAGCAUAGUGUUGAGGCCGUCUCCUGCGAUGGACGAUCCGGGAAGUUCUUCAAUGCUGUGUACGUAAAAGCCGAAGCUCCAGAUAAGUUGGCCUCCGUGUUAAAGUUGAAUUAAGGCUAGAAGUUGAAACUCCAGGUCUGUCGAUGUUGAUCUUGGCCAGCAUCUUCGGUCCGUUUUCUAAGGUUUCGAAACGGGGGUCACCAGGAGGAUGCUCUAUAUAAUUAAAGACGGGGCCUAUAAUUAAAGACGGGAUCUUCAUGAUGUCUUCUAGCUCUAAUUAAAGACUCCGGUCAAUUUGUGGGCGAAACGAUUUCCGUUUUACAUCCUCGUGACCGGCAAUAGUGGGACCGAGAAAAUGCUGGUCACCGGGAAAAAUACGGAAGGGACUGGGAACACUACAGUGACCAAAAGUGACGAGAUUAAGGUCAUCCGCGGUUCGCAAAUAGGCAGUACGCGAUUGAAUCACGCAGUGACGCCGCCCACUGAGUAUCCAUUAAGGCUUCAGCCCAUCUUUUGGACUAUCUUCUGGUGUCAAUUUCUACUCCAAAGGGCCUGUGGAAAAUGUUCAUGUUCUAAACGGUCGGUGUCAAUUUCUACUUCAAAGGGCAUUCUGUGGAACAAGAUGUUCAUGUUCUAAAAGAUGAACCUUAACCUUGCGUCUAAAUCGUGCCGUUUCAACUCCAGCUCUGUGGGUGUGUCCACCCAACCGCUACAAUGAUCAGCAGUUUUGUGACUGUAACUGCGGAAUGACGGACCCUGACUGCUUGUUGGGUAUUUAUCCUACGAGUUAUUGCUCUGAAGGUGAAGUCUGUUCGCCUGCUGGACGGUGCACUUACGGCUCAUAUUUUCUACUUAUCUAAAUGAUGUUGAACUACCGGACGACGAACAGGUAAGUUAACCACCUGUAAGUUAACAGCCAGUAAGUUAAAGUUCUGUAGUUAAUGGCUACAGCUGUAAGUUCUGUUGAUUAGUAGUCUUCUUUUACCCAGUGAGUCCUUUUCUGGGACCACUCUGAUAGUCCUCUUCCCACUGAGUCCUUUUUUUUUUGAGGAGAGACAGAUGAAUUAUUGUGCGCGCUAAUAUACAUUACCCUUGUACGAUCCCGCGUCUCAGGACGUAGCAGUGUCUGAGCCCUGCGAGCGAAUGCACAUGCCUGGCGACACUAUGUUGCACGGCUAUUUUGGCCACAGUACCGAUUUCGUUGGGCUGAAUGGUGGUAGUUGCCAGGUUUGCCCCUACGAUGAAUUGUACAACGGUAUGAAAGGAAAAAGUGUACUCAUGAUUAUACUUCUCAAGAAAACAGACAGGCUGUAGUUUCCUAGUACCUAGAAAGUGCCUAUUUAUUUCAUGGGCGGGAUGUUGAGUAGUGCGCUUUUUCCUUUCAUACAAGGCCGUACGAACCGGAACGAGCAAAACGAGUACGUCUGUCAGUACCGACCGGACGGCGACGUGGCUGCCAAAGACGGCGUUCUAGCCUUGGACGCGACGACGAUCAAGGAGUACGGCACCUACAGGGACGCGACGAACACGAGUACAGUCACGGUGCCAAGUAUCAUAGACCAGUAUCGCGUUGUGAGAGCCUCUCUAGGUCCGAAAGCAGGCUUCCCUUUGAAAACGUCAGUGUCGGAAGGAACAAACUUCACAGUGGAAUUAAAUCGGGGAAUGGGCAUUCACGAAUUGGUCACUGCGAUAAAGACCGAAGCCGUGGACGCCAAUACAAAAACGCAAAUUCUCCACUUAUUACGGCCAAUGCAAAGACGCAAAUUCUCCAGUAAAAGCACAAAAGUAAAACAGCCGGCUAGCUCUCCCUCUAUUCGUAGGCUUAUCCCUUCUGGCACUUAUUACCGCUUCCCUUCCUUCAUUUUGAGAACACAAGCAUCUUCGAUCGUUUCCCUCGGAGGAAGACACACGUCGUCAAAGUAGGGUGACGGCUUUGAAGAUGAGUUGAAAGUCGGAUUUUUACUUUGUUCCAGAUAGAGGUUGAAAGUCGCAUUUUGGGUUCGUUCCAGGUGAAUUUGUGGUUGCAAGCUCUAAACUUGAAAGCCAAUGGUCGCACUUUUAGGUAUCGUCAUUUUGCGAGCGGCGCAAUGGCAAGUUCAAUGACGAAGGAUUAUUCGGACAUGAUCAUGCAGUUGGACGACGAAACCAAGCCUUUUUCAACGAUUGGGCCUUACAGAGUGCAGAUUGACAGUUCCGAAAUUUUGAUUCGCGCGGGUAGUGUAGGAGACAAGUCUAGUUCCAGCUUGGGGUCUGGAUUGACCGGACCUGCUGCGGCAGGAGGUGGUAAAAAUGCUACUGUGCUGUUGCGAAGAUUGUCGGCAGAUGGGCAGUGGAAUGAAGGGAUCAUGGAGGAUGGUUGGAGUAGUAAUGCGGCUAGCAGCUAUAGAAAUUAUGAAACGGACAUUUUCUUAUCCGGAGCAGCCGCAGGAGAAUUGUUGGAAUUAUCGGAGUCGGAUGCAGGAAGGAGAGCAAGAUUACGAAAGACAGACGAGGAAGUACUGGCAGCGAAACGACGACGUUUGUCUUUGCCAGAGGUACAAAAAUACCAAGGGUCCUAUCAUGGCUCUGGUGGUGCGUUAUCUCGAGUACAACAAGAUGAGUACAAGUCCUCUGCUGGUGUACAACAUGGAUUAGCUGCUUCCUCAGUAGAUGUCGACCACGACACCAGCAUAGAUGAAGUACAACAGCGUCGUUUCUUGACAGCCAAUAGUAGUGGCAGUAGCAAUGGCACGGAUAAUUUGACGCUUGGAACCAAUGGCACAACGGCGAGUAUUAACACCUCUGCCUCCAACGCUAGUGCCCCUUCGGGAGCACUGAAUCUAGGAGUAACUACCUUGAGUGUUUCUACAGUGAAGUCUUGCGCUGUCUCCAACCCAGAGAGGCAGAGAUUGGAUGUCAACGACUACCCUAUUGGCCUGACUUCUGCUGGCGUCCGCGGCACCCUAUCCAGGCAGUACACCGCGAAUCUGCCGUCUGAGGAUGUGUCGAUUUACCGCUAUUUUUAUCCCGACGUGGAGAAGAUCGCUGCUUCUUCUCUCGCUGGCGAUUCUGCUGUGAAAAGAAAGAGUCUAACCGCGACAAACCUCUACUUCAAGGAUUCCCCUGAGAACACAGUUCCUGGGGCAACCAACUGCUUCACGAGCUUUUACCAAACGCCUUACGCCACUGCGUGCGCCGUAGAAGCGAAGGAGUACAAGCUGUUCUUGUACCUCCAGACCCCUCCAGCCAGUAGCAUCGAUCCAGCGACAAAUAAGGGGCUGCUGGAUCCUAAUCCUGGCACCGGAACCUGGACUUUGACCACGGGCGUUACUCUAGGAACGGCAGCCUUUGGCUUAAGCAAUUUCGCACAGCUGGAACGGGCUCUAGGUGAGGGCUUAGCCCGUGCGUUCGGCAUGCCGAAUCCGGUUGCGACUGCGCCAGACAUCGCGAGUGUCAGGAUUCAAGGACCGGUCAACUUCGCAGCUGUCCCUUACUCGGAAGUCCCUAGCAAGCGAGGUUUCAACGCAGACGUGUCGUUUCGCAUACGGAAAUGGCAUGACCUGCCGUUUUACAUGGAAGCCGCGAUGGCUGCUUUUGAUCCGGCCACAGUCAAGCAAGAGAUCAACACGGUGUUGAUGAACCAUCAAGAUUUACAGAAUUUUUAUGGAAACCUGCAAUACGACGGCAGUUCUCACGCUGGAAAUCCACUGAAUGAUCCGUCACAAGGAUUUCGCGUAUUGGCUCUGCAUGGUUUACAACAUGUAAGGCGAAGGUUGGACGAUUCUACUACUUCUGAUGAAGAAGAAGAAGAUGCGAGAAAAAGGCAACUAGAACUGGCAGAGGACAGUAGAGCACUGGUAAGCCAGUUGGGAGAAAAUAGAAUGAUGAACACGCUGAACUCUGAGAACUUGUUUGCUGAUCCGUCAACACGACUUGCUCGCACCCCUCGCCGUCAGCUAAGUGCAGAGACCGUGACCCUGACCUACGAUUUUAGGUCAGAAUUUCAGAUCCUGCUCACUCUGACCCCGGACGGGACCAAUCCAGCGGUGUUGGCUGGUGAUCCUAUGUUCCUUUCCGCUGUGAAACGGGCAAUCAUUGCAGCCGGUGAAAGCCUAGGUAUUACACGUGGUACGAUUUCGGAGACGCAGUUAGCCGUGGCCUGUUUUUCGGACACGUCCAGCUUUGGCGAACAGGAGAUCUACGACCCCUUGACGGGGAAAAUGGUGAAAGUGAAGAGAGGAGGGGGUAAGAAGCGUGAAUUGACUGCUGUUCUUACUGAAGAACACACGAUCCGCGUUGAAGUGGAAUUAACGGGUCAUAGUGCGGGGAAAUCUUUAUCACUGGCAUCUGCGGAUGGGACGUUUUUGAGUCCGCUUUUCUCCACCGAAUUGGCGAAGCAUGCAAACGUGACCGAAGUGAAAGACGUCGCUUAUACGCCAGCAGGCAGGCCGUCGGCGGUUCAAAAUGACGACCAGACCCCAGCUAAAGCCGAUUUUUCUACCAUCGCGGAAUUUGUGCAGAUCAAAGCCCAUCGCCCUUGGUGUGAUUUCUCAACUGCAACUGGAAAACCAGGCAUCGACCACAAUGGAGUGGACUAUUCCAGUGUUGGCCGAUCCAGUAUCUUCUGCGACGGCUUGCACGAUGGGUUGCUAGUCGUCAAUGCAGCUGGCUUCUCGAAUGAGGCACUCGUGCCUAGUAACUCGAAUAUGCGGUUACUAGUUCGUGGCAGUGCGAGUGACGGCAGUUCGACAGCCCCUAUGGAGGUAAGGAAGAUCAAGAAAGCCUACCAAUGGCUCUUUCCGACCGUAGACCCAGUUUCUGGCGCUUUGGGGGAUGACCAAGUGACGCCCUGGAUCUGUGCGCCAGAAUUGUGGGCUGACGGCACCUGCGACUGCAACUGCGGUCGUCCGGAUUGGGACUGCAUGGGCGAUCGUGGGAUUCCACAACUGUUUGUUGAAGAACGUCUGGAUGAUCCGACUAGCACCGUUGCGGUCAGAGUAAACUGUCCUAAGGGAAACAAUGUGGGUGUGAAAGUUCCAGAAUUAAGCGGUGGCACUUUGCCCCCAACUUGUGGCCAGAUUAAAUCCGAACCUGAAACUUACGCCUACUGCGAUUUCAAGACGGGAUUGCCAACUAGUGUCCGCACAAACCACUUCACGGAUGCCACAAGCUUCAAUGGCACGCGUUUAGCUGCGCCAACUUAUAUGCGGUACUUAUGGGAAGUGAUUGAGCUAGAUUGCCCCUUAGUCGGGGACCGACCGGUCGGAACCAUCGUGGAAACUCUAGGCGUUUCCGAAGUCACGGCAGCUGCGUUUCAAGCGAACGUUGUGGCCAGUGCCAGUGCCUACGUGGACACUGGGUUGAUGUCCGAGGCGGCGGAUCCAGACGGGCAGGGGGACCAUGACGAUGACGGUGGAGGCGGAUUCGGUGGCGGUGGUGGAGGCGGCGGCGGUGGAGCUAUGUUGAUGGACCCUGCCUGUUUAGUCCCCAAUCCCCCACCCUUUUGUGGCGGAGGCAUCAAAACAGCUGCCGAUGGAUCGGUAGUCCAGACACAACCAGUUGUAAAAGCGAAUUUGAAAGUGAAGAUGAAAUUGCCUAAUAAGGCCACGACUGGAGCCGAUUUGAUGAAGGAUCCAGAAGUUGUGCCCGCAUUCCAAAGCGCGAUGGCGCGGACAUUAAAAGUACCAAGCUACCAAGUACGCGUAACGAAAAUCACGGUCACGCAUGCUCCUCGCCAACUGUCUUUUGUUGAAGACUCCGAGUCGGAUCCUUUUCUUGUUGUUGAAGCCUUUUACAAAAAUAUGCUGGAUCAUGGUGAAUUAGGAGUAGGCGCUGAAACAACUGCCUUUUCGCUGCGUCAGAUGCAAAGCACCCAGAAUGAUCCUGGAGAACUUCUACUAGAAUCUGGAGGACUAGGACUAGGACGACAAGCUCCAACAAACUCCCAGAAACGGCGUCUUGCUUCUACUGCCGCAGUGAGCUUCCAAUUUGAAGUUACCCAGGACACGGAGGCUGACGCAAACACCCUCCAAAGUAAUUUAGAGCGAGCGGUUUCUAAUGGUGCUACAGCGAUGACCAGAAAUCUGCAGCUGUCGUUUUCCUCGGUCGCCACUAUAAAAAUCGACGCUGAAGAGGUUGCGGAGGUUGAGACGCAAGUGGCGGUUCCGAGUCGCGACGACUUGGAAUCGGUUGGGGGUGUUGUUCCUGGGGGCGAUCCCUAUGCAGGUAUAGGAGCCGCAGUCCCUGGUGGAAUGUAUGGACCUGAUGACGGAGCAGGGGACGGCUUUGAUGACGGAGCAGAAGACGGCUAUGGGGGUCCAGCCUAUCUUGAUCCCGGUGCGGGUUAUGAUCCAGACUUUGGCUCGGGCUACAACGAUCCUGGUGGCUAUGUUGACCCUGGUGGCUAUGUUGACCCAGUAAGAGAUGGCUAUGUAGGAACACCAGCAGUCGAUCCGGAUAAAGGGGCUGAUCCAGCAGUGCCAGCAGUGGAUCCGGAUAAAGGGGCUGAUCCAGCAGUGCCAGCAGUGGACCCGGAUAAAGGGGCUGCUGGUGUUGGCGCUGGUGUUGGAGCUGGCGCGGGUGUUGGAGUUGGCGCUGGUGUUGGAGCUGGCGCGGGUGCUGGAGUUGGCGCUGGUGUUGGAGCUGGCGCGGGUGUUGGAGUUGGCGCUGGUGUUGGAGCUGGCGCGGGUGUCGGCGCUGGCGCUGCUGGUGUUGGAGCGGGCGCCGCUGGCGGUGGCACUGA